AUGGCACCUGAAGCAAUAUCUGAGCCUACGAAUGCGCACAGGAGGGCAUAUGUGACAUUCUUGGCUGGCAAUGGUGACUACGUGAAAGGGGUUGUUGGUUUGGCUAAGGGUCUGAGGAAGGCCAAGUCAGCCUACCCUCUAGUGGUUGCCAUUCUGCCGGACGUGCCGGAGGAUCACCGUCAAAUUCUUGUGUCUCAGGGAUGUAUUGUCCGUGAGAUUGAGCCGCUGAAGCCUCCGGAGAACCAGACUCAAUAUGCCAUGGCAUACUUUGUCAUCAACUACUCUAAACUUCGUAUUUGGGAGUUUGUGGAGUAUGACAAGAUGAUUUACUUGGACGGUGAUAUAGAAGUGUUUGAGAAUAUCGAUCACCUCUUCGACUCGCCGGAUGGCUACUUUUAUGCUGUGAUGGACUGCUUUUGUGAGAAUUCGUGGUUGAAUUCUCCUCAGCAUAAUAUUGGGUACUGCCAGCAGUGCCCUGAAAAGGUGCAGUGGCCGGCUGAGCUGGGCUCGCCUCCUCCACUCUACUUCAAUGCGGGAAUGUUCGUCUACGAGCCUAACCUUUUGACUUACCAUGAUCUCUUGGAGACUGUCAAAGUCACCCCCCCCACUUUAUUUGCUGAGCAGGACUUCCUUAACAUGUACUUCAGGGAUAUAUAUAGGCCUAUUCCUCCCAUAUACAACCUUGUUUUAGCCAUGCUCUGGCGUCACCCUGACAAUGUGGACGUUGAGAAAGUAAAGGUUGUCCACUACUGUGCUGCGGGGUCAAAGCCUUGGAGGUACACAGGGGAAGAAGAAAACAUGGAGAGGGAAGACAUAAAGAUGCUGGUGAAGAAAUGGUGGGAUAUUUAUGAGGAUGAGUCUUUGGAUUACAAGAAUACCAUGUCUAACUUCAAAGCUGACCCUGAUCUCAUCAAGGCUCUGUCGGAGGCUGCUGCUGUUGACCACAUGGCUGCUCCACCCGCUGCUUAAUUAUGUCGUUAUAUGAACUUCCACUACUGUCUUUAAUUAGAGUAUUGACAAGUAGGAGUUGAAAUUUAUAGGCCAAAUUAUGAUUUAGUA